CGCGCAGAUUGUACUUCGCCCACAAGCGAAUCCCUGAAGCGGAAGUUGUCAUGCGAAAAGAAGUGAAGGCGGAAGUAGUGACAUGUUGGGGCGCCUUCCUUCAAAACGCAACCACGUAAUGGAUUUCUGAAUUAUUACUCCCGCCACAAUGCCGCUAUUGACGCAUUCACAGUCUGACAAUGAGCAAUACGUGUUGGUGGCCAGUUUGGACAACGCCCGCAAUCUGUCCAACAUCUUGAAAGCCAUCACUUUUAAAGACCACGCCAUCUUCACAGCCACCCGCAACGGACUCAAGGUUACGGUGGAGGACUCCAAAUGUCUUCAAGCCAAUGCUUUCAUCCAGGCUGAAAUAUUCCAGGAGUUUACCAUCAAGGAAGAUCUGGUUGGCUUUCAGAUCAACCUCACUGUUCUGUUAGAUUGCCUUAGUAUCUUUGGAGGAAGCACAGUACCCGGUGGAGUGUCAACUGCCCUGCGAAUGUGCUACAGAGGCUAUGGUUACCCUUUGACCUUGUUCCUGGAGGAGGGCGGUGUGGUGACAGUCUGCAAGAUCAACACACAAGAACCCGAGGAGCCAAUUGACUUUGAGUUCUGCAGCAGCAACGUGACAAACAAGGUAAUCCUGCUGUCUGAGAGUCUAAAGGAGGCCUUUUCUGAACUGGACAUGACCAGCGAGGUGCUACAGAUCACCAUGUCCCCAAGCCAGCCUUAUUUCCGGCUCUCAACUUUUGGCAACUCUGGGAAUGCUCAUUAUGAUUACCCCAAAGAUUCGGAUAUGAUGGAACUGUUCCAUUGCACCCAGACGCAAACCAACAGAUACAAGAUGGCUUUGCUGAAACCGUCCACCAAAGCUUUGGCUUUGUCCUGCAAAGUGUCCGUGAGGACCGACAGCAGGGGCUUCCUGUCGCUGCAGUACCUAGUCCGGAACGACGACGGGCAGAUCUGCUUUGUGGAAUAUUAUUGCUGUCCUGAUCAAGAGGUGGAAGAGGAGUGAUCAGCUCGUCCAUCCGUCUUGCUCCGAAUGAGUUCAAAUGUGAGGGUGCUGCUUCCACAGGGUUGGUAAAGUGGAUUCUGGACUAAAACAGGUCCAAGCAAAGUGAAGUUGUGGGACACUUCCCACAUUGUCAGUUAUUCAGCACUUUUAUGUUUAAGCGCGUUACUGCAGCGCUGCGUGUUUGCUAUCUCUACCAAGGAGGUAAUUUCAUUGGUAUGAGUUGAUGGGUAGCUACUUUCCAAGGAUGCUCAUAGUAAUUUCUGAUUAAAAUCCACAUUGAUGUAAUAAUAAAAAAAAAAAUCUCUUUUUUUUUUAAUGA